GUAAAAAUUUACAGUAAAUCCCACAAUGGGAUAAGUUUUUGUAACGAGGCGGCGAGCAUCACCACACACCAUGUUUGGCUCCAAGAAUGAUUUCAAAAAGUGGGCACAAAUGCGAAAUGAGACAAGAAAGCAUUUGCGCGGUAUCACGCGCACGUACAUCCGCAGUGCUACAGAGGGCACCCGAAAUACGCGAGAGCAACCGCCAGGCCAGGUGUCUACCCAGGAAGAGGAGGCAUUCCACCGCAUAGGACUUCUGGGAAUUCAUACCACAGGGGUGCCAUUAGAAGACCUUCUGCAAUGCGCGUCGCUCCUGGUGAAGGCACUGCAGCUGCGGCACCAUUACAUGGGCCUGUCAAUGCAGUCGUUCCCGGAAACUCUGGUCGCCUAUCUCAAUCGUCACGGCAACGUGCCCUUCCAUCGGCCCUUCGACAUUCGCGACGCUUCGCGAAAUUUCAACGACAAUUUGAUCCUUGGAAAUACGGACGCAGACCGUUUCAUGCAGCUGGCGGGAUGUUCUUCCGAAGACUUAGUGGGAUGUGAACCACAACAUCUCGAUUUACCUGUUCACGUCACCAAUGUCAGAGGUAUCUAUGUCCUCGUGAUCAAUCAUUUGGUGGGGAGGAAUUUGGUAUUGUCUCUUUCUGUCUUCAGAAAAGUGGACACCCACAUCCACGCCGCAUCUUCCAUGAACCAGAAGCAUUUGCUGCGUUUCAUCAAACGAACUCUUCGGACGUAUCCAGAGGAAGUUGUGACAUUAGUGAACGGGCAACCCAAGACGCUCCGAUCCGUCUUCGAGGAUAUGCAACUUGACGCUUACGAUCUGAACGUUGAUAUUUUGGACGUUCAUGCUGACCGCAACACGUUUCAAAGGUUCGAUAAGUUCAACGCGAAAUACAACCCCGUUGGCGAGAGCAGGUUGAGAGAGGUUUUCCUCAAAACUGACAACUAUAUGAACGGGAAAUAUUUCGCAAAAAUAAUAAAGGAGGUGAUAAGCGACUUGGAAGACAACAAGUAUACAUACAUAGAGCCGCGAAUCUCCAUUUACUGCAAGAACAAAGAGGAGUGGAGCAAACUGGCAACGUGGGCUGUGAGACACAAGGUCUACUCCAACCAUGUGCGGUGGGUUGUACAGGUGCCGCGCUUGUACGACAUCUACCGCAUUACAAACUUACUUAAGAGCUUUCAAGAGUUUUUGGAUAAUCUCUUCGAACCUCUCUUCGAGGUCACUCUCCAUCCGGCCUCGGACAUUGAACUCCAUAAGUUCCUCAUGCACGUGAUAGGUUUCGACAGCGUGGACGACGAGUCGAAGCCGGAGAACCCAAACCUGAACGAAAACAUGAAGACCCCCGAACAGUGGGUGCAUGAAGAAAAUCCGCCUUACAACUACUAUCUCUACUACAUGUUUGCUAACAUGGUGCAGCUUAACAAUCUGCGCAAGGAACAAGGUUUGAACACGUUCGUGCUGCGGCCGCACUGCGGCGAGGCAGGCCCAAUGUGUCAUUUGAACGGAGGUUUUUUGCUUGCCGAAAAUAUUUCUCACGGCCUCAUGUUACGAAAGGUGCCAGUGCUCCAGUAUAUGUAUUUUUUAGCCCAGAUAUACAUAGCGAUGUCGCCUUUGAGCAACAAUUCUCUUUUCCUGCGUUACCACCGCAAUCCGUGCCCCGAGUUCUUCGCGCGAGGGCUCAGGGUCACGCUCAGCACUGACGAUCCUUUGCAGUUCCACUAUACAAAGGAGCCUCUGAUGGAAGAAUACAGCAUAGCUGCUCAAGCGUGGAGAAUGAGUUCGUGCGACAUGUGUGAGCUGGCACGCAACUCGGUUCUCAUGUCAGGAUUUCCUUAUGAGAUGAAGCAGUUCUGGUUGGGGGCGGAAUGUAUGCGCGACGGACCUCAAGGCAACGAUAUUACGCGAACUAACGUGCCAGAUGUAAGGCUUUCCUUCCGCCACGAAACUUUGCUCGACGAGCUGGACAAUCUCUUUAAGGUUAAAACACGCAUGCAUGCAACCAGCUCCACGUUCGCUGCCUCGCGUUAAUGUUAGACACCUAUCCAAGAAGUAACCAUAGUCAAAAGAUUUUUAUUAAAUAUGGGAAGUGAUGUAUUGUCGCUCACAUUUAUUACUUAGACACGCUCAAAUCGAAAUAUUUAAAAGUAACUUUUAAUAAUUGAAGAAUACAGAAUACUUCUAAAACAAAAUACAUAAAAGUUAAAAUAGUUUGUUUUUUCUUGAAUUAAAAAAAUUACCGAAUGAAACCAAUAAACUAAAAUUUUC